AUGGAGGAAGUAGCAGGCUCGCACUCCUCGACAAACGAGACCGAAAAGGGACUGUACACUCCGGUAGAGGGGAGAACUAACGCUACUCACCUGUCGAACAUUAACAAUGGCACACAACAACUCCCGCCCAUCGAUCGCGGGGUAAACGCCUGGCUCUUCCUCGCCGCCUGCUUCGUCAUGGAAGCUCUCGUCUGGGGAUUUGCAUUCACCUACGGUGUAUUCCAAGCAUAUUACAGCGAGUUAGAAGAAUUCAAGAACUCCGGAAAUAUCGCCGUCGUCGGGACCUGCGCUAUGGGGAUAAUGUAUCUCGAUCUCCCUCUCGUGUUCGCCGCCUACAGACAAUGGCCCAAGUAUCAACGCCUCGGCUGCGGUGUGGGCGUGCUAUUAAUGUGUCUCGCUCUCGGCCUCAGCUCCUUCUCUACAAACGUCACCCAUCUCAUCAUAACCCAAGGCAUCUUUUAUGCCAUCGGCGGCAGCAUCGCCUACUCCCCCUGUAUCCUUCUAAUGGAAGACUGGUUCGAUAAACGCAAGGGCCUCGCCUUCGGCGUCAUGUGGGCCGGCACCGGACUCGGCGGUGUCGUCCUCCCCAUCGUUAUGGAACAGCUGCUAAGCCAGUAUGGGUUCCGGACUACAUUACGCGCUUUCGCUAUCGCGCUCUUCAUCCUCACCGCGCCGCUAGUCUACUUCGUCAAACCGCGUGUGCCGAUCGCAAAUAACCGGCCUAGCCCGUCACCGCCGAACCUCCGGUUUUUAUUUACAUCCACGUUCGCCCUCUUCGAGAUCUGCAAUAUCGUCCAGGCCCUCGGGUUUUUCUUGCCGUCCAUCUACCUCCCGACUUACGCGGGGGUGAUCGGUGCAUCGAGCAGCCUCCAAGCACUAACCGUCAUUCUCUUCAACGUAGCCUCCGUCCUCGGCUGCGUGUGUAUGGGCUCCAUCGUCGACAGACUCGAUGUGACGGUCUGCAUCCUCGUCUCAACUCUCGGAUCCACAAUAGGCGUGUUCCUAAUCUGGGGGUUCUCCAUGUCUCUCGCCCCACUGCUCAUCUUCUCAAUCGUAUACGGUCUCUUCGCAGGAUCAUACACGAGUACCUGGCCUGGGAUUAUGCGUGAUGUAGUCCACAAGAAGAGCUCCGCGGAAUCAAGCAUGGUCUUUGCGUGUCUUGCGGCCGGCAGGGGGGUCGGGAAUUUGGUUUCGGGACCACUUAGUGAGGCUCUUAUUAAGGGGUUGCCGUGGCAGGGAAAGCUAGGGUAUGGAUAUGGGAGUGGGUACGGGACGUUGAUUGUUUUCACGGGGGUUACCGGAGUUGUGGGGGGUGGGAGUUAUCUUGCGAGAUGUUUGAGGUGGUUGUAA